GGAUAAAGCCGUAUAGCGAGUUAGGUCUCGUCUUCCACGCGAGGAAUUGCAGAGCAGCGAUACCUUCCACAGCUGAAGAACAACUGUCCGAGAGCUUUGUAGAAAUCUCCCAGGCGAGUGCAAAAAUGGGGGGAGGAAUGGAGGCAAACAAGAACAGGUUCAUAGAGGAUUGGGGCGCGGCGAGAGAGACCCUUGAGCAAAACUUCCGCUGGACUCGUCGCAACUUGGCCCUUGUUGGAUUGUUUGGCAUUGCCAUCCCAAUCUUUGUCUACAGGGGUAUCGUCAGAGAGUUUCAUAUGCAAGAUGAAGAUGCGGGUAGACCCUACAGGAAAUUUCUGUAAGCAUUUAGAGAAUGCUUUACAAUAAUUGUGGGAGUAGUUAAACAUGGUUUUUCUGCAGACCACAGAGUUCUAUUUCCUUGUAUGGGAAAAUCGUUCUUUUACUUUUCUGAAAUUUGUGGCAAGUGACGUUAGGACGGGUUUUGCCUUUUGACUUCGAAUUGUAUUUUGCCUUUUGCCACCAAGAAGACAGUAUACUUGUGAUCGGCCAAUUUCAGUCUUUGUAAUCUGUUGUCCAGCUUGAUUUGUCUUUCGACCACUCUUGUUAAUGGAAUGGUUCACCCA